UUGCUCAGUAAAUCAGGUGACCUUGAAGAAGAAUUGAAAAAUGUCACCAACAACUUGAAGUCUCUGGAGGCCCAGGCUGAGAAGUACUCUCAAAAGGAGGACAAAUUUGAAGAGGAAAUCAAAGUUCUUACUGAAAAACUAAAAGAGGCUGAGACCCGUGCUGAGUUUGCUGAACGGUCUGUGGCCAAACUGGAGAAAACCAUCGAUGAUUUGGAAGAUGAGGUGUAUGCUCAGAAGCUAAAGGGCAAGGCCCUCAAGAAUCUGGCCUCAGCCAAAGAGGAGAACCUGGACAUGCACCAGGUGUUGGACCAGACUCUGCUGGAGCUCAACAACAUGUAGGCAGCCAGCAGAGCUCCAGACCAGCGGACGUUUAGUCCCUCUCACCCAGUCUGAGCUCAUAAGGAAAUGCAUGUAUUCAUCAGUGUGACAGUAGGUGCACUCUAGUUUAAGUAGAAGCUUAAGUUAUAGUUGUUGCAAGUAUACAAAGAGCUGUAACAUGAAAUACAUAUCUUAGAGAAUAUAUAUAUAUAUAUAUAUAUAUUUAUCUCAAUAAUUGCAUUUCCUGUAGCAAAAGCAUAAACUUUAGCUAGAUGGGAUUUUUAUUCUUACUCUUUGAAAAGCAUACUGGACAAACAUGGAUUAAUUUAAUACCCUCUUGUUAUUUGUCAGCUGAACAGCUUUAAUAGGUGAAACACAGACAGGAUACAAUUGAUUAAAUAUAGUUAUUUUACAAAUUAACACUUAAAAAUGUAUUCAUUUCAAAAAACAUUUUCUUUGAAAUGCAAGAGAGCUAUAUUUUCACAAAAUAAUUUUUGAGGCUGAUUCCAGUAUGAAAAGAUUUGAUUAAAUAUCACAAGCUUUAAUUUGAACAUUUUAGAUUGGGCAGACUCUCUUUGGAUAUAAUUUUUUAUAUUUAUUUUAUAAUAUUUAAAAACACUGACGGGAUGCCUGAAAUAAUCUUAUUGGUGUUGAUGUAAAACCAUGCAGUAAAAAACACUGUGAUGAAGAAAAACCUCUGGAAGCCAAACAUCUAUUGUUCAAAAUAAAAUAAAUACAUAACAAAAAGCAUAAGAACAAAAAUCCCAUGUAAAAGUUUGAUGGACCAAAAAGUGGAUCAAAACAAAUCAAAUGUCCAUUUGGUUUAAGAAAUACUUUCCAGUUUUUUCGACUUAGUCUUAAUUUAAAAAAAAAACCAUCCAAAUUAUAAGAUGAGUAUAAGCCAAUAAAAGAAAACGGUAGUGUUUGACUUCCUGUGUGGUGGUUAUUGAUGUGGCUUUGGAGAAGUCCCUCUGCUGUUGUAGGAAAUAGGUUUUAAUUUAUUCAUUUAUUCAUUCAUUAAUUCAUACUUGCAUACAUACCUUAAUUAAUACAUUUUAUUUCUAUUUGUACAUUUAUUCAUGCAUUAAUAAACGCAUGUAUUUAUUCAUUCAUCCAUUUUUUACUUUAUACAUGUAUUAUCAUACAUAUAUCAAUUUAUUGAUACAA